CAGGCCCUUCCACUCAGAAAAGAAAAAGAGGUGGAACACAAAUGCAAAGUGUACAUGGACGGAGUGAGCGCAAACUGAUCGUGCUAAAUGAGUUGCACCAACCCAUUGGUCCUACUGAAGCAAUUGUUAAAGAGUUGGGUAGCUUCCUCGGCACAUUGGCAAGGAAUGGGACCUUUUGUCCUCUUAAUGUGUUUAAAUGGAAGAAAUUGAAGACACAUGAUGAUAUGUGGAACUAUACCUUGGAGAAAUAUGACAUUCCUAAAGUAGCGAAAGAAUGGACUUUGCGAACAAUUCAACUUGCUUGGAGAAAGUAUAAGAAUGGGUUGAAGAAGAAACACUACUAUCGCUACGCCAAUGACGAACUUCGAAUGGCAAAAAGGCCUAAAGAAGUUUCAGAAUCUCAAUUUAAGGCUCUCCUCGAAUAUUGGAACUCCGAUACGGCUCAAGACAUGUCCAGAAAAAAUAUAGAGAAUCGAAAAAAGUUGAGGUAUCCACACACUGUUGGCAAAACAAGUUUUGCUAUAAUCCGUGAGAAAAAAAAGAAGGAAAAUCCUGAAGCUUUGUCAAGUAAGGAGUUUUUUGUGGCUACUAGAAGAAGGAAACCAGGCCGAGUAUACAAGGACUCAUAUGAAGAUACGACUAGCAAAAUAGCUGAAAUGGAGAGAAUAGAAACUCAAGAAAGUGAAGAUGGCAGUCAAUCAGUUGAUGCAUAUGUAUCAGUAAUGGGACCUGAUCAUCCAGGUCGAGUAAGAUUGUAUGGACGUGGGGUUACCAAGACUCUCUUGAAACAGAAAGCAGCGGAUUCUGGACCUUCUUCAAAUGUUACUGAUGAUAUGGAGAAAAAAAUGGAGGAGAUAGAAGAGAGGAUGCAACAAAGAAUGCAGGAAAAAUUCAACGCUCAAAAGGAUACCAUGGAAAAAGAUAUUACAAUGAAAUUCAUUGCAAAAAUUCAGCAGCUAAAUCCAGAAUUCCAACUUGAUCCUAAUAUGUUAAGGUUCAGUGUUCGUUCGCCAGGAGAAGCUUCUUCUGCACCUGGUAACAAUCAAGGUGUCGAAAAUGAAGAAAGGGAAGGAGACAGUGAAGACAUUGAUCUUACUUGAGAAGAUCUUUUAUGAAGAUUUCUACAUGUUCUAAGAAUCAUUUUGCUAUCGAACAUUUUGAAACUUAUCCUAAAUCUUGAAAUGUAAAACUUAAUUAUGCAUUUUGGGUUGAACAUUUU